AUGGACGUGCUCGAGGGUAAAGCGAGCUUCCGUGAUGCCUUCCGCGACAUGCUGGACAGCGUCAAGACCCCCUUCAAUGAAUGCAUCAAGACACUACAAGAGAACAUGAAGCUGGAUCCUCACUUUGUCGAGUUCUACUACUGGGCCAAGGAGAACAACGUGCCUAUUGUUGUCUUGUCCUCGGGGAUGAAGCCAAUCAUCAGCGCCUUGUUCGAGACGUUACUGGGACACAAGACAGAUGAUCAUCUCUAUAUCGUUUCCAACGACGUCGAAAGCCGCGACGGCAAGGACAUCAACACCGAGGGCGGCUGGCAGAUCAAAUACCACGACGAGAGCCAUUUUGGCCACGAUAAAUCCCUGGAGAUCAAGCCAUAUGCCGCACUGCCCGAUGAAGAGCGGCCGACCUUGCUCUAUGCUGGAGAUGGUGUCUCCGAUCUGUCUGCCGCAGCAGAGACUGAUCUUCUCUUCGCCCGGAAGGGACAUGAUCUGGUGACCUUCUGCGAGCGUCAAGGAAUGCCCUUCACAAUCUUCGAGAGCUGGGAGUCGAUCCUGGCCACCACAAAAGACAUCCUGAGCGGGAAGGUCUCCGUUAAGAAGGUGGCUGAAGAGGGACUCGAGAAGGUACGGAAGGAGGGCAACUAA